AUGCCAUCGGAUGAAAGUGACAGCGAUGACCGGGAAGAGGAUGGGUCACGCAUUUUCCCCGUUCUUGGAGAAGCUUCCCUGAUCCAUUCAUGGCGGGAACGACGGGAGAAGCGUGAAGAGAAGCGCGACAAGGAUGGGGACCGAGAACGUGGAGGCGCCCUGGCUGGUGCCCUGAGGAACUUGUCUGGCGCCCUGGGAGCCUCCGUGGCUUCUGCCCGCGAUGCGCGCCCCGGGCCGUACGACCGCGGCACGGCGCGCGGCGCGGAGGGCGCGGUGCCUGGCGCGCGUGGCGCGGAGCCGAUGGAGGGGAAAGGUCGGGGCAAGGCGGCCAUCUUGCCUCCACCCCGCAAGACCAUGGACCGUUCACGCACCUGUCCCUUCUUGCUGCGGAUCUUCCGAAAGAUAGGUGCUCAUCACGGCAUUGAGGCCUUUGCCGAGCGUGGCAAGGAGCCCGUCGACUGCGAGCUCCAGGUGUAUGCUUGGCCGGAUGUGACGCUACGAGAGUUGGCGGACUUGAUCAAGGAUGUGGCCCCAGAGGCGCGAGAUCCCAAGGUGCGUUUGGCCUUCAACCUCAUCUACCCAGAUAAGACUGGCAAGAAUGUGAGCACCAACUUGGGGACGGUCACAUGCUCGAAGCGUGGCCCGGAUGAUGACAAGGCGUCGAGGUGGAGAGAAAAGGGCGUCCACAACCCGCCAGCCGCGGCGCAACAGCCGUGCCGCGCCGUGCCGUGCCGUGCCAUACAACGCGGAACCACCCACGCCGGUGCGAUGCCGGUGCCGCUGCAGCGGUUGUGGGCGCGGCUGCACGAGACGGAUGCAGAUCGCCUGGCGGCGGCGCGGGAGUUGCUGGUCUCUGCUCCGGCCCAUCAGAUCCCCUGGCUCUUUGAAUGGCUUGCGAACUCCAACAAGAAGGGCCCGCAGACGAGCCAAGGCUUGGAGUUGCUGAAUGAUGUCUUGGAGCUACUGCCUGUAAGCUACCCUCUUCACUCUCAUGUGCCUUGGCUCCUGUCGCUGCCAGUGCAACAGCCAGAUGGUCCACCACUGCUGGAGAAGUUGUUGAGGCGUCCACCUUCGGCUUUCCGGCCAAGUGUGGAGCAGGCCAUGCCCAUCUUUCAGACCUUGGGCGCCACCAGGAGUGCUCCGAGACGCCUGCUGCUGCGCGCGCUGGAGUCCGCGGCGCCGAAGAAGGCCUUCCGGACGGUGCUGGAUGCCUUAGCUAUCCUGGCAGGAGCGGAUUUGAGUGAGGAUGAGGAGGAGCUCUUGGCAGUGUUGCUGCGUCCGGCGCAGCUCGGUGGCUUUGAGGUGCUGGCUGCCAGCUGGGAGGCGGAGAGUCGCUCCGAGGUCUACCAGGCCCAGUUGCUUCCCUGCUUGACAAAGAUGAUGGCAGAGGAGACACUUUGGCGGGGCACCUGUCGGCUCCUGGUGCAGCUCUUUCGUGCCCUGGCCAAAGCUUUCGCCAGGCAACGUGCGCAGGAGCAGGUGCUGACCGACGGGUCCUCGCGCCGCGGCGACGAGCGCCCGAAGACGCCGGUGGAGUUCUUGGUGUUCCUCCAGUUCUGGAAGAUCCUCAAGCCUCGGCUGAAGGAGGGUCGAGAGGCUCUGAGCUGCCUUCAGCAUCUCUGGCAAAGUGUCCGAAGUUUUGGUCUUUACCGUCCCCGGGAAGAUCCCCAGGGACUCCAGAGCAAGGUGCUGGACAGCUGCUGUGGCGUUCUCUUGAAGCGUUUGGAAAGCCAAACGAUGGAGGUGCCGGCUGAUGCAUUGGAGUGGGCAUGCUUACAGGAGUUGCUCCAUUUGGACGUGGCGCCUUUUGAGUCGAGGUUACAGCGUUUCUGGAUGCUCUUGAGCCGUGCCACGUGCGUGUCGGGCGCGCCCUUGGCGGCCCGGCUGCUGAAGUCCUAUGCGGCGCUGGCGGACCUCUCCUCCUGCCUACAAGCACUGACAAGUGCUCUCGAGCAGUCUCAAGGAGAUGGAUGUGCAUUGCUGAUAGAGCCCCACUUCGUACGAGGCCUUGAAGAGGCCGCGGGAGAGAUUUCGGCUCCGGGGCCGCUGAAAGGCACAUGGACGAUGCUGCUGACCCCCCUGCAGGCGGAGUCCGAGUCCCGCUCCUGGCCGGCGCAGCUCCUGCGGCCCUUCGUGGCCGGGCUGCGGCCCAACGAGUUGUGCUUGGACGCCAUGCGAGAUCUUUUUCACCAGACCUACGAGCUGGUCGAAGGUACUGAAGGAUCACCCGCCAUGGAAGGCUUGCUACUGGCUUUGUGCACUUUGGGCCGCCGGCUCAGCUCCUGGGAGCUGCCGCCGCUGCUGGCGGAGCCGCAGGACACGGCGCGGAAGAGCCGCGAGGGUCUGGAGCGCUUGGCGCGCAGCGGCAUGGCCGCGCAGGCUGCAGCGGUAUGCCUGGCGGCGCGCCGGGAUGCUGCGGAGGCCGGCGACGAGGCGCUGCUGGAGGCAUUGCUGAUGGAGGCCGAGCAAAGCCUCUGCCCUUCUUCGCCUUCGCAGACCCGGCGCCUCGCCGUCGCGCCGCCGCUGCCGCUGUCGCUGCUCUGCGCGUCCAGCGCGUCCAGCGCGUCCGACCGGAAGCGGAAGCGGCCGCGGACGACGGCGCCGCUGGAGCGGCUGGCGGAGCUGUUGCUGCCGGAGGAACAGGAUCUCUUCGUCGAGGAACAGGCAUUGCACGGCCUCUGGUCCAAUGUGGAGGUUCUCUUGGAACAUCCGGCGCUGCGCGGGCCCCUGCUGCGCCGGCUCCAGCGCCAGGUAGAGGAGGAGUUGGCCUCAACCAGGAAGAAGCGCCACCGAGCUGCGCCUGCGCCGCUGCUUUCGCGCCUGCGCGCACUGCGUGCUGUUAGCGCAAUAGUGCCUUUGACGCCCAGCCAGGAGCUGCUCUCCCAGCUGCUAGAGCACGGAGUGGUGCCCAGACCCAAGGAGCUGCCAGCCGCGAGCUUGGGGUGCUUGGCAGAGCUCCUCUCAAGGAGUGAAGGAGAUGAGGCCUUUCUGACGCGUGUCGCCCAGAAGCUCCAAGAGGUGGCGCGCGUGGUCUCGAGCGAGGCUGCGUCACCGUCCGCGGCUGUGGGCGAGACUGCCCGAGCGCUCGGCAGCUGCGCGAAGGCGGUGUUGCGGAAGGCGAAGGCCUUGAAGAUCGAGGCCUUUGACCGGACCACGUUCUUGGGGGAGCUUGUGGCACUGCUCCUCAACCAGGGCACCACUGGGGCGCCGCGGCGGUGGCGGAUCCCGACACCCCGCGCGCUGCUUGAUGGAGGUGCUCUUCCUGCUGAGCUGCCCCUUUUGCUAGCAUUCCUGGAGGGGGGCAGCUUCGUGCAGUUGGGUGGCCUGGAAUUGGACUUCCAGGAGAGGGAGAGGACGCCCAGCACCGAGUGCGUCGAUCUGGCGGAUCUGACCCAGCGGGCAGCAGGGGCAGCACAGGUCUUGGAGCUCUUGGGGAAGGAGCUCCGAAGCGCAGCAACGCAAAGGCUGGUAGUCUCCUGCCUUCCGGAGGUGAUAGAAUGGAUGCAGCAGAACCAAGGGAUUGGAGAGCUGCCCGUGCGAAUGGCAAAGCUCAUGGAGGAGCUUUGUCAGGCAGACUUGGAAGGGUCCUUGCAGGCCUCGGUGCUCGAGGUGCUGCUGAGCUGGUCGGAGCUUCCCCAGGACGAUGGUGAUGAUGACAGCUUUCGUUGCUUGGAGCUCUGGGCUGCCAAGCAAAAGGCUUCCGCGCAGCUGCUGGAGAGGCUCUCCCUGCGGAUUUGCGCCUUGCCGAGCGAUGCGGCUUGCUUGACUCCCGUGGGCCAUGCCCUCGCGCGGCUGCUGCGAGGCUUGGGGACCCUCGAGCUUGCUGGAUCGUCCUUGGGCUGCGCGAUCGUGAGUGCGCAGCGGUUGAUGGGCGCCUAUGAGGAGACGGCUCUGCCUUCGCCCCUGCUGAGUGCCUCUGACGUGGUUUGGGCGCUUUACACUCGCCUGGCCAUGUGUGGCAAGAGUGGACGAGGUCGUCACAAGUUUCAUCCGCAAUGGCCUCAAGUAGAGGCUUUGCUGCUCACCUGUGCCUCGCUCGCCGCCCGGGCAGGGGUUCAUGUGGCAGGUGGCGACCCCCGCGGGAAUUGCAGGCACUAUUCAGCCUUGCUCUCUUGGGCCUAUAAGCUCUUGUCGGCCGCCUGAACCGCACUUGGUUUGGAUUGUGAAAGUGAUUUUGCUCGCACAAUCUCGCAUGUGUGGACUCCCCAAAGCAUGGCCCUGUCAGUGGCACACAGUUGGAUAUUGGAUUGGACAGGAUAUUUUUGAUAUUUAAUCAUUACUUCAUUUGAUUGAUUGGAUGGCCACUGGCCACCAAAUUUGAGAUUAGCUUCAAGAGAACCAAAAUGACAAGAAGAUCAGAGUCUGAGACCAAUCAAUCCCAUCCAAUCCGUCACCACCGGACUGAUAGACAGCAUUCCAUCACGGCUCGACCUUUUUCCAGCACGGAGCCUAGGCUUCCAACCACUAUUGUUUUACUAGUUUCUACACUACAAAACCAGUUCGUUCCCAUCUUUGUCCCCAAACUCGGGGUUUCUUCUAGACCUUUGACCUUAGACCUUUAGACACACCGUUUGGGUUUCUCUUGCCGGGAUCAUUUCACGGUCCAACGGACGUUGUUUCGGCCGCUCGACGCCACCACUCGCUUGGUCCAAC